AUGAGAUUUGCUAUUCUCCUUCCGCUCGCUCUCGGCCCUCUUGUCCAAGCCGUGCUACCUAUUCAUACUAAGGGUGACCGUUUCAUCAGGCCUUCCUCGCCUAAAAACGAAGCUGACGAUAACACUGUCUUUUUUGUUGAGGGUAUUGAUUACCAACCGGGUGGAUCAUCCGCAUAUAAUCCGGACUCUUCAUCGGAUGUACUCUCAGAUUCUGAGCAGUGUGCAAGAGAUGCCUUUGUAUUUCAACAGUUGGGUAUCAACACCAUCAGAGUUUAUUCGUUGAACCCCGACGUCAAUCACGAUGAGUGUAUGACUAUAUUGAACAACGCAGGCAUUUAUGUUAUCCUUGAUGUCAACACUGGUGCUGAUGGUGAAAAUCUGAACAGAGCCGAUCCUUCUGGAACAUACAACUCGAAUUAUAUGACCCAUGUCUUCAAAUUCAUUGACGCUUUUAAGAACUAUCCUAACGUUCUCGGGUUCUUUUCCGGAAAUGAAGUUAUCAAUGAUGAUAGCAAUUACGCAGAAAUCGAUCCACAAUACAUCAGGGCAGUCCAAAGGGACAUGAAACAGUACAUCGCUAAGCACUCCAACAGAAGUAUUCCCGUCGGAUAUUCCGCUGCCGAUAACUCUAACUUGAACCUCGCUUCUAUCAAGUAUUUGGAAUGUAACUCUUUGGAUGGCUCCACCAUUUCAACCGAAUUAGAUGAGUCAAGAUCUGAGUUCUUUGGUCUAAACACAUAUCAGUGGUGUUCAGGCAGUACCUGGGAUAGCUCUGGGUACAGCGUUUUGAAUAGUACUUUCAGUAACUCAUCAAUCCCACUUAUUUUCUCUGAGUACGGCUGCAAUGCUAAGAGUCCUCGUACUUUUGAAGAAGUUCCUGACGGGUUGUAUGGCGGACUCGUGAAUACAUUUUCAGGUGGAUUAGUUUACGAAUACAGUCAGGAAGCGAACAAAUACGGAUUGGUGGAACUUGAUUCUGAUGGCUCGAUUAAAUAUCUCGAAGAUUUCGAGAAUCUGCAGUCACAGUUUAGAAACCUAACUUUGCCUAAUAUCACCGAAGCUAAUGUUGAAAGUGUCAGCGUGGUUAAAUGUGACUCCUCCGCCAUCCAGGACGCUUAUUCCAAUUUUGGCGUGAAAAACUUCACUCUACCAACGCAGCCAGACAGCAUUUCAUCUUUGAUCAGGUACGGUGUCAACGGCACGAACACGGGCAAAAUUUUGACUUCUUAUGAUGCACCAACCACUUUCAACUAUACAAUUGAAAACGUGAGCGGUAGUGAAAUCUCUGCUGUUUUGACGUACGCAGACUCUAAUACCGUCAAUGAGCUUUAUACUAGUGCUUCAGGUUCUGCAACAGCGGCAUCAUCUACCACAACUAAUAAGGCUUCAUCCCAAAGCACCACAUCAGAUGGUUCUUCGAGCUCCAGCACGUCUAAAAGCAAGGGCUUAGCGAACCACAAUAUUCAUUUGAGUACAGGAUUCUGUGGUUUAGUAAUGGGAUUACUUUCUGCGCUACUCUGA